CCUUCUUAGUGACGUAAUUUACAGAGCGCCUCCUACAUUAGCCUGUACACACUUUACAUGUCUUAAACAUUUAACAUGUGAAAUAAAAGUUUACAGCUUAAAUAAAUGGAUUUAUAGGAUGUUAGAUCUAUGAAGAUGGGAAACCAAGUUAAUUUGGAAAUGUCACCUUUGAUAGCAGUCGAAAUUAUGACCUGACAGGACUAAGUUUAGGAAAAGUACAAAUAACACAAGUCGAAGCAUAGCUAUUCAACAUACCACACAAGAGAAUUCGUACAAGGGUGAUCUUUUACGCAAUACUAUUAUUAACAGUUUUACUGUGAAUAAGAAUUCAGCAAAUAGAAGAAAGUAAUUUAAAUGUAAUGUUUGCAGCUACUCAAGCAAUAAGAACUUUCAUCUAAAACACAUUUGAGAAAACAUACUGGAGAGAAAUUCCUAAUGUAGUUUAGAUUAUGUAUGCAAUGCACGCAGUUCUCGGACGUUACAUUUAAGAGAACAUACUGGUGAAAAACCCUUUAAAUGUGGCGUUUUUGGUUUUGCUUCUACACAAAACAGUGGUCUAAAAUACAUGUGAGAAUGUAUACUAAAGAGAAGCCAUUUAUAUAUGAUUUUUGUGGUUUAGCAUGUAGCACUUUCUUUACUCUAAAGGCACAUAUUAAAAACCAUGGAGAAAAAAGGCUUCAAAUGCGAUGUUUGUGAUUAUGCCAGUUAUUCUAGAGGUUGUCUGAAAUCACAUGAGAAUGAAGCAUUCAGAUGAAAAAUACUUUAAAUGUGAUGUUUGUGAUUUUGCGUGUAAUUUAAAAGGUAAUUUAGAGAAUCAUAUGAAAAUUCAUACAGGAGAAAAACCAUUUAAAUGUGACACUUGUGAUUAUACAUGUAUUUCUAUCUCUCAUCUAAAAAUUCAUAUGCGAAUACAUUCAGGAGAGAAAGGCUAUAAAUGUGAUAUUUGUGAUUAUGCUUGUUAUUUAAAUAGUAAUCUGAAGAGUCAUAUAAGAAAACAUACAGGAGAGAAACCCUUUAAAUGUGAUGUUUGUAAUUUUGCAUGCAGUUCAAACAGUAGAUUAAAAACGCAUAGGAGAAUACAUACAGGAGAGAAAAUAUAUGAAUGUGAUGUUUGUUGUUUUGCAUGCAGUGCUUACUAUACUUUAAAGGAACAUAUUCGAAAACAUACAAGAGAAAAAUGCUUCAAGUGUGAUGGUUGUGAUUAUGCUAGUUAUUCAAGAGUUGGUUUGAAAAUACAUACGAGAACGAAGCAUUCGGAUGAUAGGGACUUUAAAUGUGAUGAUUGCGAUUUUGCAUGUAAUGCAAGAGGUAAUUUAAAAAGGCAUAUGAGAAUUCAUACAGGAGAGAAACCAUUUAAAUGUGAUUCUUGUGAAUAUGCAUGUGAUUCAAAGCGUAGUCUUCAAAUUCAUAUGACGAAACACGAAGCUAUUCUACAUACAGGAAAGAAGCUAUUUAAAUGUGACACUUGUGAAUAUGAAUGUAGUUCAAAGUGUACACUUAAAGCUCAUAUGCGAAUACACUCAGGAGAGAAAGGCUAUAGUUGUGAUAUUUGCGAUUAUGCUUGUAAUUCAAGUGGUAACCUGAAGAUACAUAUGAGAAAACAUACAGGAGAAAAACCAUUUAAAUGUGAUUUUUGUGAUUAUGCAUGUAUUUGUUACACUAAUUUAGAAGUGCAUAGGAAAUACAUACAGGAGAGAAACCUUUCAAAUGUGAUACUUGUGAAUACGCAUCUCGUUGUAGUAGUCAUCUUAAAGUUCAUAGAAGAAUACAUACAAGAGAGAAACAAUAUAAAUGUGACACUUGUGAAUAUGCAUGUAACUCUAGCAGUAGUCUAAAAAUGCAUAUGCGAAUACAUUCAGGAGAGAAAAGCUAUAAAUGUCAUAUUUGUAAUUAUGCUUGUAAUUCAAAUGGUAAUCUGAAGAGACAUAUGAGAAAACAUACAGGAGAGAAACCAUUUAAAUGUGAUGUUUGUGAUUACGCAUGUAUUUGUCACAGUAAUUUAAAAGUGCAUAGGAGAAUACAUACAGGAGAGAAACCGUUUAAAUGCGACACUUGUGAAUACACAUGUAAUUCUAGCA